AUUUUCUCUAGGAAACCCCACUUGACCUGGUCAUACGCUUUGCUAAUGUCCAACUUGAGCACCAUCUUAGGAACACUUGGGAUUUUUUUUUGAAAGAUAGGUCGUCCAUUAAUAAAGCUCAGUGAAAGAGCCGUUAGAAAACGUCAUUAUGCAGAACAACUAUUCUGGUACGCUCCUCACACAAAACAUACCAAAAAGAUUAUCAAUACUUGGGUUUUUGUUGGCCCGAAUCGUGUGAAACUAGUUCAAAGGUAGUAAUCACGUUGUCAUGAAUUUGUCGCCCCUUGACAAAAGCACUUUGAAAAGGAGAUAUGAUUUGCAACAUCAUGCUCUUUAGUCAAUUCAUAAUAGACUUGAAAAUUAAUUUAUACACCACUUUGCACAAUGAUAUUGGCCUGAAGUCGGUAACACUACAAGGGUAUUCCCUUUUGGGAUAAGAGCAAUCAAAGUCUUUGGUUCACUGCUCUCAUUGUCUUCUAGGUCGGACUCCUUAGAGUUCACAUUGGAGGGUACAAAAUCUCAAAGAAUAAUAGCUUCUUCUAUGGGGUUCCUAAUCUCACAAACAAUGAUGCAUCUGGGAGCGUUCGUUUCAAGCUGUGCUGGUCGGGGGAGGGGCUCGGAGAUCCUGAUAUGUGGCGGUCUCGAUUAGUUUUACGUUCCCUUGGUUCAUGGUUGGUCGUUGGUGGUGGCGGUUGUGAAGGUGGAGGGCUGGCUAAGACAGUUGGCAAGUUUCUGAGCUCGCUAUGUCCCGACGCUGACGCGGGAGGUUCAGUCGCGGUUCACAAAAACGGUGGGGAGCUCGGUGGCAGCGACGUUGUCCUAGAUGGAGUGUCAUUAGGUGCCCAUAUAGUUUGGUUGUAGGCUUAUUGGGACUUGCUGCCAUGGGCUUUGGAAGUACGCUUCAAUUAUGCUGUGCUGAUGGGUGCACGACAUAAGCCAAAGAUCCGGGUACCAGAGAUGAUGCCGACGACCAUGGCGGUGAUGAAGGAACCCGGGAAAACCUUCUCUACGUAGGAAGGUUCCAAGAUGGUCGUUUUUACAGAAGUAGAUAAGAGAGAUAUGCUGAGAGCCAAGAGCUUGACCAAAGUGGCGGUGCCGCCUUCUCUUAUAGACCAUCCUUCUCCGGCUAACCUCCAAUCCACUCGCCUCGCUCUCCAUGUCAGCCAGGACGGCUCUUCUUGCUGGGUCUACAUCGCCUCCGGUUGCCAAAUUUACAAGCUCCAGGUUGCGUUGGACGAUUCUCUGGUCAGUGAAGGGAAAGAUAGCCUUCUGAUUCCUGUUCACAGGCAGGUUAUGAACUCAUUUAUGGUUAAUCGGUGCCCGCAUCGUUCAGAAAUACAGAGUAUUGUGCUUGCUGAAACUGAGAGCACUGGCUAUUCAAUGUUGGGAACUGUGGAUUCUUAUGGUCACCUUAUUGUAACUAAACUAGACACUGAUGGUAAAGAUGUAGAGAAGCUUAGUUAUUCAGUACUGCCUCGAGAUUGUGGCCUUGGAGAGAGUGGAUGGGCUGGUCUUUGCUUCAAUCCAAUACAAUUGUCCAUGGCAGCUGUUGCACGUAGCUUCUGCAAAACCGUUGAUGUUUAUGACCAGGAUAUUCACAUUAGGACAUUAUGUACACUCUUGUAUCCAACAUCACUGUGCUUCAUGCAAAGUUCGCGUUAUGGAAAUGAAAGCUCUAUACUAGCUGUUACAGAAGGUUGCCAGCUGAGUAUAUGGGACUUGAGAAUGAAAGAAAAGGGCGGCUGUCUACAACGAAUAUGUGGAUCACUUGGUGAUGACUUCUACACUGUUUGCAGUUCCUCAACUGGGAACAUUGCGGUCGGUGGAGCUGAUCGUACUGUGACGAUCUAUGAUCCUCGCAGAUGGGCCACGCUAUCAAGAUGGGUGCACUGCUCGAAAUAUGAGAUAACUGGACUUGCAUUCUCUUCAGUUGACUCCAACCAUAUCUAUAUACAAGGGGUUGAUUACGAGGUCUUCUGUGGAGACUGGAAAGAGAAUAGCAAGGUGAUUUCCUUUAGAGGAGAUUCAAACUGGCUUGGUUUUAGCAAGUGCCAGAACAGGGAUGUUGUCGGUGGAUGGUGCGACUCGGGUAGCAUCUUUGUAGCUGAUGUUGUAGACUUGUAG